AUGGACGCGGAGUUCUUCGGCGCACCCGCGUGGGCGUGGGUCCAGCUGUGCGCCGCCGUGUUCGCCAUCUCAACCGCGGGUGUCAUGUUCCAGCAGCUCCCGCACGUCCCUCCGCUGCUGCUCGCGAGCUGGCGUAUGCAGGCCACCGCGCUGUUGCUCGCGGUGGGCGCGGCGAGCGAGUGGCGCGUCGCCGACGGCGACGUGCGCGCGCGGUGGUUCAAGACGUGGCCCAGGCUCGGGUUCAGCGGCGUGUGCCUCGGCGCGCACUUCGGCGCGUGGGUCGCGGGGCUUCAGACCACGACGCUGGCGCGAUCCCUGCUCCUCGUGUGCACCACGCCGCUCUUCCUCGCGUUCGGCGCGCUCGCGCUGUGCCUCCCGACGUCCGCCGGGGAGCUCGCCGGCGCCGCGCUGGGGUUCUGCGGCGUCGCGAUGGUCGCGUCCGACCGGCACGACGGCGAACGGGAGACAGCCACGUGGCAAGGGGACGUGCUCUCGUUGGGAGCUGCGUUUUACAUCGUGGGGUACAUGUUAGUGGGCGCGGACGUGCGGCGGUGGAUGCCGCUCUGCAUGUACGCCGGACCAGUCACCGCCGUCGCGGCGUUGUGCACGGCCGUCGUGUCCUACCUCGUGGAGGACACGCGGGGAAGCGGCGGCGUCCUCGGGUGGGCCUUCUCCGGCUUUUCAUCUCACUUCUUGGUCACGAUGUAUCUGGCGCUGGUGCCCGGGCUCGUGGGUCACACCGGAUACAACGCGGUGCUGAAACACAUAUCUCCGCUCGUCGUGUCCACGUCGCUGACGAUGGAGCCGUUGCUGGGGAGCGCGCUGGGGUACGCGGUGGGGCUGGCGGACGCGCCGGGGUGGCGAACCGGGGUCGGGGGCGUCGUCAUCGUCGCGUCAGUCGUCAUCGUCAUUGUCGCUAAGGGAAGAAACCCGCGCUGA